CAUCCGAGCCCAUUCGGAAUAUCGUCUCAUCUCUUUCUCACAGAUGGCGGUUCGCAUGGGUUCGUUAAGUCGCCGCCACGCGCGCCUGUUCGUUGUUGCACAUCGACGUCAACCGCUUUCAGUGCUAUAGCGCGUUCCUCCGCGCUAUAUCUACAUAACCUAAAAAUUUACAAAUUGUUCAUAUUUCACUGUUAAUAUAUUUAAUACUCAUGAUUACCUCGAGUUUAUAAAAGUUGUGGUGUGAAGUUAACGCCCAGUCGAGUGGCGUUCGUUGAGUGUAUUUUUGUGAAACACAAAGUAAAUAUAAACGGCAAGCUGUGGGGUUCAGGGGCCUUUUUUUUGCCGCCGCAGGGGAUGUACUAUCCUCUUCAUUUGUUUCAGGUGAGUAACGGCAAUGUCAUCGAUACAGGAACACCUACCCUACUGCACAUGGUGGGCACGGGGAUGGCGGCCCCGUUCCCGGCGGCGGCGGCAGCUGCGGCAGCUGCGGCACAGUUCGCAGCCAACGGGGACCUCAGCGGAGUGAAGGCGGAGAGCGGUCCCACGGCACCGCCACAGCCCACACUCGUCAAAAGUGAAGGCCCGCCGUCACAAGCGCCUCUUCCAACAAACAAUUUUUCACCGCAACCAUCUUCGCAGGCACAUACACAAAAUGCACUAGAAAAUCAAAAUAAUAAUUCACAAAGCGAAGGAGAGUCGAACGAGGAGAGCACGCCCGUGAGCGUGGCGGCGGCCGUGGCGCAGCAGGCGGCGGCGGCGCACGCGGCGGCGGCGGCCGUAAGCGCGGCCGUGGCGGCGGGCGCCGCGCCGCCCGCGCCGCCCGACAAGACCCUCGUGCCCGUCUCGCAGGCCUCGCAGCCCAAGCGACUCCAUGUCUCCAACAUCCCCUUCAGAUUCAGAGAUCCAGACCUUAGAAACAUGUUCGGGCAAUAUGGCACAAUACUUGAUGUAGAAAUUAUCUUCAACGAACGAGGUUCAAAGGGAUUCGGUUUUGUAACAUUCGCAAAUAGUGGUGAUGCGGAGCGAGCACGAGAGCGUCUACACGGCACCGUGGUUGAGGGCAGAAAGAUAGAGGUUAAUAACGCUACAGCGAGAGUGCAGACGAAGAAAUCGCCAGCGGUUCCCAACGUGUGUGUCCAGUGGCCCGAAGCUCCCGCGGCGGCGUUGCGCGGCGCGGCCGUGCUGCGCGGUCGCUCCCCGCGCCCCCCCGCCGCCGCGCCGGCGCACCCCCACCCCCUCCAACCCGCCGUGAUGCCUCGCGCUGCCGCAUACGCCUCGCCGUUGCACGCCUACGCACCUGUGUAUUACGACCCGUUCUUAGCAGCAGCUGCCACUGCGGACUCCAACUACAGACUCCAGGCGGCGAAGCCCGCAGCCGAGGCCGCAGCGGCGGCAGCGGCGGCGGCGGCGCCCCUGCUCAAGUCCCCGCUGACGACGGCGCAGCACGCGGCGGCGGCGGCGGCGGCCGCCAACUACGGCGCGGCCGCGCGCGCCGCCGCCGCCGCCGUCAACGCGGCGCCCGCGCCCGCCGCGCUCGCGCCCCUCGCCGCCACGUACGGACGGGAGUAUGCAGACCCGUAUUUAGGCCACGGUAUUGGACCAGUGACAGGAUAUGGGACUGCCGUCUACAGAAGCGGAUACAACAGAUUCGCGCCAUACUAAGCCAGUGGAACAAAGUAGGAUUUUAUUACUCGAAUAUGAAAACUUCGUCAUCUUUACGUAACAUGACAAUGAACUCUCUUUGUAAACGUACAAAAAUUAAUUAUAGGUAUCAGUAAUAAUAGUGCUAGCCGAGUACUGUCUAAGUAAGCUUGGAUAGCAGUCGUCAAGAGUCCAACUAGGCCCGUCGGGCCAGGAACUUAUAAAUACCAAAGUCAUUAAAAUUUCUAACAGAAAUAGUUUAUUAAGUUGAACUGUAUUGUAAAUUACGUGGGAAAUGCAUAUACAAGUGCGAGCAGCUAACGGAAAUGCAGUCGUUCUUAGAUAUUUGUAAGAGUUGCACGAUGUUGUGCCGACACGUUGUUGAUGUGCGGCCUCUUAGAGUAGUUGUUACAUUCAUACUAUUGACAAUAGACAAAUUCAUGUAACGAUAUAUUUAGUGAGCUUUGCACUUGCAUAUCAUAUAAAAAUUGUAAAUAUUGAAUUCGAACACGUUUUACUAAUUUUACAACAUACUCUUAAUUUAAUAAAUGAUUAUUUUAACGCUUCCACUGCGAGUAGUUCGCCGGACAACAUUCGAAUAGAGUGGUUAGCACCUAGACAGACACACACACACACACACACACACACACACACACACACACACACACACACACACACACACACACACACACACACGCACACACACACACACACACACACACAGCCAUACAC